AUGUUUGCCUCCGUGGGGGUCUCGGAGGAGCAGGUCUUCGGCGACCUCUACCUCGCCUGGCUGAAGGACACCGGGGAGAAGAACAGCAACGACUCCCGCAAGCUCUUCCGCGAGCUGAUGGAGCACGGCUUUAGGGAACGCCAGAUUGUGCUGCGCAAGGAGCGCCUGGGCGCCAACGCCGCCGCGAGCCUCGCCUCGCUGCUGCACCGCUCCCCCCUGACGCGCCUCGACCUGCACGGCAACACGCUGCGCGACAGCGGGUGCGAGAUGGUGGCGCACCUCGUCCGCGACCUCCCGAACCUUCUCUACCUCGACCUCGGCGCCAACGACAUCGGCCCGCAGGGCAUCCAGGCCCUCAGCUACGUCGUCGCCGCGCACAAGAAGCUGCAGACCCUCAUCCUCGGCUCCGCCGCGCAGGACGCCUACGCCAACCGCAUCAACGCCGCAAGCGCCACGAGCCUCCUGGAGGGCUGCCUGCGGAGCCGCACGCUGCGCCACCUUGACCUCAGCGGCAGCACCAUUGGCGAACCCGACGACCGCAGCCGGCUCUACGGUGCGGCGGGCGCGGUGGAGUUUAACGUCGCCCCGCCGUUGCGGUUCUCUAGCCGGCCGUCCUCCUCCGUGGCGCGUCGAAAUCAGGCGUCGUCGACAACGCAGGCGUCCUCCAGCGGUAAAGGGCCCGACGGCGGCGGCGGCGGCGCGGCGGGUGCUGGCGGUGCUGGGAGCGGGGCGACGGACGACGCCGAGAGCGGCCUCGACGGCCACUUGAGGCGCCCCAUUGAUGUGCUGGCGGAGUUGAUCCGCACCUCGGCGACGCUGACGACGCUGAAGUUGCGCGAGGUGCGGCUCACCACCGACGCCGCCCUCCGCAUCAUUCACGCCGCGAUGGAGAGUGCCAGUUUCGCGUUUGUGGAUCUUUCAGGCAACCUACUCACCGGGCCCGUGGGCGACGCCUUUGGGGAACUCGUGUGGGGCCGUACGAAGAAGCAGCGGCCAUCCGGGUUGCACACCAUUUUGCUAAGCAACAACCCUCUGAUGGAGCCAAACUGCGGCAUGCCUCCACCGCGGCUCUUUUCUGCACUCUCCAGCGAUCGCCUGGUGGUCUGCCUGCACUUAGACAACUGCGGCGUGGACGACGCCGCGAUUGUGCCGCUCUGCCGUGCGUUGGGCACGAACGGCGCGUUGCAGUCGCUCCACCUGGACCACAACGCCAUCACAUCGGACGGCGCCGUCAUGCUGGCCCGUGCCCUUUGCCGACACAUCUACCUCCAGGACGUCUCCCUGGAGGGCAACAUCAUACGGGACGAGGGCAUCUGCGCCUUUGCGAGCAUGCUAGAGAUGAACCAGACGUUGUUAUCGCUUAAUUUGGCCCACACGUGGAUGGGCGAGCGCGCCCUCGUGGCGCUCGGCGUGGCGCUCGUGGACAACAGAACCCUGCGGCGACUCAACAUUGGCGAGAAUCACUUCACGGAGGACGCCACGGAGGCCUUCGCCGCGCUGCUGGAGAGCAACCACCACCUGCUUCGCUGCAGAAUGAACGGGAACAGCAUCGGCCACCACACGGUGCUGCGCAUUGAGAAGACCACCGCCCGCAACCGCGAGGCCUACCGGAACCUCGAGAAGGACGAUCUCGAGAAGGACGUCAUCCACCUUCACUACCAGAUGUACAAGCUGGACGAGGCCCGCGCGGAGCUGGAGAACCUGCAGCGGAAGAAGAUGGAGCUCGGAAGGGCCCUGGAGGCGCUCGAGGCGCAGUUCAAGCAGGACCGGGCCGACGCCGAGAAGAGGGAGCGGAGCCUGCAGGAGACGCUCGAAAACUGCAUCGCACAGGAGGCACACUGCCUCGACGAGAAGAAGCGCCUCGACGGCGAGUUGGAGCAGGCGCAGAAGCAGAUCGAGAUUGACAUGGAGCUCGCAAAGGAGCGGCUCGAGGCGGAGGUAGCAGUGCGGGAGAAGAUCGAGGAGGAGCACCGCCAGCUGAAGCUGCAGCUCGAUGACGUGCUGAACAACGGGCCCCAGCGUGAGGCGGCGAAGCGGCAGUAUCUGCAGGACGUGAACGAGGACUGCCAGCGGUGGACGAUGCAGCUGAAGGAGUACCGCAGCGCCACUCUCGAAGAGCAGGCGGCCGUGAAUCAACUGCUGGAGAAGGAAAAGGCGGGAAAGAAGGGCAAAAAGGGAAAGAAAGCCUAA